AUGUCGAGGCCGGUCAAAGCGUUGGUCGUCGGAGCGCUGAAUGGCAAAUUGCAAACAGCGUUCGGCAAGAUCAAUUCUAUCAACGCGAAGCACGGACCCUUCGACUUGGUGCUGUGCGUUGGUGACUUCUUUGGUUCAUCGGAGACGACCAGUGCGGAUGUGCAGGGUGUCCUCAGUGGAAGUUUGAAAGUUCCUCUACCCACGUAUAUUAUCACUGGAAGGGAGAAACUUCCCGCAGAAGCUCUUAACAAUGCCUCGAGCAACUUCGGCGAAAUCGCCGAGCAGCUGGUGUAUCUAGGCGCAAGCGGGAUAUAUAGCACCGCCGAGGGGCUGAAGAUUGCAUACUUGAGUGGAAGUUCAGGCCCUGCGGAGUCUGCGCGGAGCGAGCGAUUUUCAGAAGGGACCGUGCAAGCAUUAUGCGGAAAAGCACCAGGUGUUGCCUUGGGAGUCGACAUUCUCAUUACAACGGAGUGGGCGGAGGGCAUACUCAAUGGGUCGCCGGCAGGGGCGAAAGUGAGCGAAGGACAAGCAAAGGGAACGAACGCCAUUACGGAAGUAGCAGUGGCUCUGCAACCGCGCUACCAUUUUGCUGCUGGCGGAUUCUUUGAGCGUGAACCGUAUAGAAAUCGAGGAGGGGCGAGGCAUGUUACACGCUUCAUUGCCGUGGGGGACUUCGAGCCAGCAAACAAGAAGCAAAGGUGGUUCUAUGCGAUGAACAUUGUGCCCAUGUCCAAAAUCGAUCUGGUACAACUCGCCGCCGUUCCACCAAAUACUACGCCUUUGCCGUUCUCUUCUGCCGCUGCGGACGGCGGAAGGAAACGACCAGCGGAUGAGAUGUCGGACAGCUUUUUCUUCAAUUCAACGAGCUCGGAUGGGGGCCGGAAUAAGCGUCAUCAAGGCGAACGAAAACCGCCACCAUCGACUUACAUUUGCCACAAAUGCAAUGAGCCUGGACAUUGGGUUCAGGAUUGUCCACAAGGCGGCAGAGGGGCACCGCCGGCGGAGUACGAUUGUCCCGAAAAGCAACAACGACCCGCGGAAUUGUUGAAGAAACGAGAAGCUGGCCAAUGUUGGUUCUGCCUGUCGAACCCGCAAGUUGAAAAACACCUGAUCGUCUCCAUUGGAAACGAGGUCUAUCUCACCUUAGCAAAAGGCGGUCUAGUAGACUGGGGCGGGCACUUCUUGCUUGUUCCCAUCGCGCAUAACACAAGCACGCGUCAAAUGCAGACGUUGGAAGGGGAAGAGGGCGAGUCGGCACAAAAUGCCUUGAAAGAGAUGGAGGGAAUCAAGGAGAAGAUCAGGGAGCUUUACAAGGCGAGAGGGGAUGUGAUGGUGUGUUUCGAGAUGUUUGGCGGUGGGGCCGAGGGUGCACUGGCAGAUACUCUGCAGCACAUGCAUUUACAGGUGGUGCCAAUGUCCGACAAAUCACUUCCGGAGCUCGAAACCGCGUUCAUGAAAGAAGCCGAAGAAGAAGGUCUAGAGCUCAUCCCCAACGCCAACCUACCCGACUUAGAAUCCGACAUGUACUGUCGCGUGGAACUCCCGACAUCCUCCUCCACCCCCUCUGAAACGAAAAUUCUCGUCUUCCGUCCCUCCCCGGACCGCAUGGAGGAGUAUCAGCAACAGGUGGCCGAAGCAGAGCAAGCGGGAAGGCGGCACCCGCCGCGGAUCAUGAAUCUACAGUUUGGACGAAAAGUGCUGGCGGAGCUGAUGGGUGUUCCGCACGCUGCGGAUUGGAAGCGGAUGCUGUUGCCGAAGGAGGAUGAGGAGAAGUUGACGGGGAAGAUUAGGGAGCUAAUUGAUUUGGAUGCGUAA